GCGGCUGGGUGUAGCAGCAGGGUGAAGAAGAGGCUGUGUUUGGAUUAGGGGGUUGGGCUGCCUGCUGGUAGGAAACCUGCCGCCAGACAUCCAGUUGAUCUCCGGCGGUGCAGCGUUGCUUUCCCGCAGCAUCAGCAGCAGCGACACCGCAGCGCAGCCUCCAGCCUCACCUGCUCCUCAUCUGCGCUUCCCCUCCGCCUCUGUGACCAGACACACACUGCCGCAGCACAGAGGAGACGGACGGACAAGGACGAUCAGCUGAGCAGUCUUCAGGGAAAUAAAGGGAAUAUAUAAGGACGGUGAAAGAUGGUGAAACUAGGGAGUAAUCUUCAAGACAAAGGGGCCAAACCUGUGAGCGUGGAGGACGGCUUUCAGAAUGUGCCCCUCAUCACUCCACUGGAUGUGGGCAGCCUCCAGAGCCAAGCACCUGACAAGGUGGUGGUGAAAACUCGCACGGAGUACCAGACAGAGAAGAAGAGGCUGAAGGUCCCCAAGGUGGAGGAGUUUACCAUCAGCUUUACUGAUGGGGUGUCUGAGAGACUUAAGGUGACGAUUCUGAUCAUCCUGGCCCUGGCCUUCCUCGCCUGCAUUGUGUUCCUGGUGGUUUACAAAGCCUUCACCUAUGACCACGCCUGCCCAGAUGGAUUCAUUUACAAGCACAAGCGGUGUAUCCCAGCCUCCCUGGAGGCCUACUACGCUGCCCAGGAUGCCAACUCGAGGGGCCGUUUCUACACAGUGAUCAGCCACUACAGCAUGGCCAAGCAGACCACCUCGCACUCUGUCUCCCCCUGGCUUCCUGGAGGGGCGGCGGGCCAGCAGCAUGACGCCAAACCCCCAAGCAGCGAGGGCCACUGAGUUAGCAGAAUGGUUAAAGGGUGUUGUUAACACAUGCAGACAUGAAGAAACACUAACAUAUAUAGACGCAGACACACACAAACAUGUAGGUGAAUAUUUAAAGAUGUAGACAUAAGAGACGCACAUAUCCACGACAGCUACAUAUAUAACGCCAAUAUAGAGUGAAAACAUGCAUGCAGUCAUGAAAACACACAAGCACAUGCUAGGUCAUACACUGAUUUACCUUGACUGCCCAUUUAUGUGCUCGCUCUCUUAUCGAGGAGCAUCUCCCAUGAACCUUUGCUCUCUUGGGAUUAUCAUCGUCUGCUGACACACAAACACACACACAGUCUGCUCUCUUGUCACCAUGUUUUUAGUCCCUUCCUCUAAUUUAUUGUUUAUUGAUUGUCUUGAUAUAUUUAUUUUUUACUGUAAUGUAUGGAUGAUUUGUAUGUGAUUAUCUUUGUACAAAGGCACGAGUCAAUGCUGAAUUUCAUGAUUCCUCUGUGAGUUCUCUCAAAUUUGGAGUCUUUUUUUUCUUCUUCAAGUGUGUAUACUGUAGUUAAUGUACAUUCAUUCACAGCCCCUUUUCUUUCUUGACUUUCUUGUCCAAACUGCGUGACCUCAGGCACGUCCGUCAAACACCACACACACAAACAAAAAAAUGUCUUAUUCCAACCUGAAAAAUGUCAGUAUGGUCUUGUAUUGAUGUAAAACAUUUUAAACCCCACAAAGAUUCUGCUGAACUGUCUGAGGAAGGUUUGACACCAGUAUCCACAACACCUCCUGAGUUGAUUGAGUGAUUUUUUUCCAUUAUGGCUGUUUGAUAGCUCAUAUACAGUGACAUUUCAAUGUGCAGUGCUAUACAUUUGAAAUCCUGAGACCCCCCAGUGACCCAAGCUGUACAUAGGACUGUGCGCUCAGGCUAGUUUUUUGUGUGUAUGCAUCGUAGUAGCUUUUACUAGGAGGUUUUUUGUUUUUUGUUUCUUACAGAUCUAAAAUUCCUUCAUGCGAGUUACUUACGUAUUGCUUCAGUCUUGUAGCUCCAUUCAACACAAUGUUGCAGAUUGGGAAAGGAAAUACAGUGCAUAUCACCGUCUCUCACCAAUUUUAUUUUCCGCUGUGUUUUCUUAUGUUUAUCGAUGGGCUUCAACUGCGGCCGGGUUUUAUUCCUGUACCUUUUUAUUUUCAUUUUGUAACGUUGGAUCUGUUGUCAAGAGCGCUUUUAUGAGAUAUUGUGAUGUUGUUAGUUGAUAUGUAGCGAUACCUGGUGUAAUUUAUCAGUGUGCAUCCUUGUCCCUCUUCUCUUGGUUUGAAAUUCAAAAUAAAACAAGCUGUGACCUGU